AUGCCCCCACCGGUUCCGUUUCACCAUCCCGUCAUUCGCGGCAUGACUUUUUGCCCACGACUUCUUCCACAGUCUCUUCUCGACACACUAUUGGAGCAUAUAGAUGAGGAGCAAUGGUUUGAUCCUUUGAAUGGCCGCAAUCAAGUCAUGCGUUUUGGCAAUCUGCCGCCGUGGUUGUCACAGCUCGUCAAGAUUAGUCGUGAUCUUUUACCCAACAAACUCCGAGAACGAGAUCCGGCUUUUGACCAAAUGAUUGCCAAUUAUUAUGAUCCUGGACAGGGCCUUCGGCAUCAUGUGGAUCUCGUCAGACGCUUUGAUGACGGGAUUGUGAUAGCCUCUCUUGCUGGAUCGUGCGUGAUGGAAUAUCGCCCUGCCGAGAACAAGGCAGAGGACAUGUGCUCACAUAUUCUUCCGUCUCACGAUUCAGUCAAGUCAGAACAAACACAUUGCCAGCAGACACGAAAUUCCGUUCAAAACAGCAAAGUGGCUGCCAAAUGUCCACUGCUAGGAGAAGCUACACAAUCGACCACGAUUCCUAUUCUCCUUUCACCAGGUGAUGUCGUUUGUUUAUCGGGUCCUGCACGAUGGGAGUGGGAACAUGGUAUCCCUGAGCGGUUAGAAGAUGAAUGGGAAAACAAAAGAAUACCUAGAGGAACCAGAAUAUCUAUUACGCUGAGGAAGCUUUUACCAGAUGCGCUGCUCAUGCCGUGUGAUGGAUAG